AUGAAUAUCCACAAUGUCAUCAAGAUCUCAAUAAAUUCCGUGCGAGUGUCGCGUAUGCGAAUUGCUACAGCACAAUUAGGCGCCGAUACAGCGUUUGGCGGCUUCAACGACUCUGGUAUUGUCUAUGGAAAGUCCUUGGAGCGCAAGACGGUAAUUACCAAGCGCUCAGACGACGCGACGAUGUCUUGA